CCCUAGAGAUGUGUGCUAACCAUAAUUUCAGCUCAGUGUGGUAGUACUAAUAGCAGCUUCAAGAUUCACAUUUACCAUUUCUUCAACUAUCCAUCCUUCUGUCCACUAACGCCACAGCUAACCGCAAACUCCGGUGAGCCAGAGAGUGUAGUAACCAAGCCGAAACUUCUAAGAUCGAGCCAAACGCAACAACUAAUAUACCUUACGAUUCACACGCUCCUCAACAAACCCACCAUCCUACAUAAUCGAUCGUAGCCACGUGGUACUUGUCUAAUGUAUUGUAUAUAAAUUCCAGUCCCAGCAACUCUUCCAUAGCACUGUUGACGAUUUCCGUCGACAGCAAACUCUUGAUGGCGGAAACGACGACACCCUUAGGGCGGUCCGCCGCCCGGACGAUAUCGAGGACGAGCCUGGCCUCGCGGGAAGUAAGCGGGGCUAACCUCUCGCUAGGCGGCUUGCUAGGUGCCGUGCAGGAACUGCUCCCUCUUUUCCCCAUCUUCUGCUUACCUUCCCCCCACUCGUAUCCCGCCUCCGCCCAUUCGCUACGCCCAAACGAGCUUCCCUCCCCCAUCGCCGUGUCUUUCUCCUACCCAGCUUCCUCCCUUGUUGCGUCAUCCCGCGCGCGGCUACCCACAUUCGUGCAGCCCUCGCUAUUUGGCCUCGUACCGCUUUCCCGACCCAACGGCAUCCCAUUUCCCCUGCCGCUCACCACAUUCUCGAUCGCCACUCCCACGAUCCUUCCACCUCUACCCUCCUUCGGGAAAGCCCCUCUCGGAAUCCCAGGCAACCUGAUUCACAGCACGAAAAUGAGCAGAUUGAAAUCCUUGUAUCCGUUCUCGGGAUCCUCGGCCACCAGGUCCCGCACCAGCGCUACGAACCCGUCCCGCGUGUGCCGUAUCCCCGCUGGGUUGACGAUGUGCUCCCAGCCCACGUGCCGGAACACGUGCUCGAUGUCUACCAUAUCUCCUAGGAGCGUGGGGUUCGUGAGGGGAUGUGCGCGCAUGCUCGUGUAGAAUGUCGACAGUGAUGUCAGCGACAUCGCGCUAGUGCUCGUACUGGUGGCAGAGGGUGCGAAGUGCGUGAAUAGCGAGUCUGCGAGGAAGUAGAGGGAGGGGUUUGGCGUGCCGUCGUCCGAGAGGAGGUGGUGCCACAGAAGGAGGGCGGAUCCUGAGGCGCUUAUGGCUGCCAU